UGAAUUAAUUUAUUUUGACGCCUUUCUCGCCGCUUUGUACCAUCCUUCGAUAAGUAUCCUUCGAUAAGUAUCCUUCGAUAAAAGAGGAUUAGGAAUCGCGACCCGUUUUAACCAAGACGAUGUCGGAAAGAAGCGUCCACUCCUACGAGCCACGCUUUGCAUACUACGUGAACUCGGUAUCCGACCUCGACCACAAAGUAGUCCUUGCGCACAAGGGGGAAGACUCGGAAAAACAGAAGCAGCUGUUGRARCAGGGAGAAAAGAACCACUACGAUGUCUACGUUUGUGUGGAUCAUGGCUUGCAUGGAUUCGUACUUAUCGUCCCGUGUGGAGACCCUUACGCCAACCUUUUGUAUAAGGGUUUAAUGGAGGAUAACCCCUAUAAGAUUCCAGGAAAACUCUUUUGUCGGAAAUUCGAACUUCGUUUUGAAAACAUGAAGGAGAGAAUGUACAAGAUCUCCAAGUCGGUAACGGUAUUUGAAAAAAUCGAAAAAUACACAAAGAAAUUUUACUACGUUGGAAGGUACGCAGACGUCCCCCUCCCAGGGCUGGACCUGGCUGCCUCGAGGGCGGCCCCCCAACGACGCGAAACCUUGCUUAACGACUGCGUCGAAUUCGCCAAGGAAUAUUGCUAUGCUUUGCUCAGUUACUGUAGCAAUGGACUGGAAAUUGAGAAGGAAGUCAAGAGCAAUAUCAAGAAGGCCACUGCGUCAGGAUUCACAGUAGAGAAGCUUUCUCGCCAAAGUUACUUCUCUGGGCUGAUGGGUAACUUUUCGUUUGGUGGGGCGAAUGUGACGAGCUUUUUGGCAGGGCAGCACGGUGCUAUACUUCUUUGUAUUUUGAUGCUCUUUUUCUUUCUCUGGCCCAUAGUAGUCAUUGUGUUGGCUAAGCRUUAUCAGUAUAUAUAGCUGAGUGGAGUACGAAGCCCAAUCCAGCAUCAUAGCAUCAUCAUCUCCUUUGUUGAGCUUUUUAUUUUUAAAUUUUCGUGACCUUUGUUGCAAUAAUAGAAACAAUGGUUGCCCUGAGCUAAUAGUUCCCAAAGUAUUUCCUUGAUGGACUUUAUUAWUCRGGAAUGAAUACUAAAAUUCGGCCCUGUUUUUAGUGGAAUGAGAUAAUUGGUAGCAAACAUUCUAGUGUACAAGAAAGAUGUACUGUGAUUAACAGGACAAUAACAAAAGGUGUUAGCAAUUUAUUGCUUAUGUUUCCGCUUCAAAAAAUUGAUCUAUCCGUCUAUUUGUUCAUAUUUUAAACAUAGAGUAUUCAAUUGAGGAAUAUAAAUCGCACGCGGGUGUCUCUKUAGAGUAACAUAAACACGAUGGGAGCUGUAGAGCAAGAGAGAAGCAAGCUUAGGAACAUGAGACGUAGCCGAGUAUUUCUCUUACUUCUCGAGUGCUCUACAGCUCUCAGAGUAUUUAUAUUACAGUACAGAGACAUAAGCAGCCGUUUUAUAAUGCUUUUAUAUGAUAUUUUUGAAUGGCUAAGUUGCGCGAGCGUGUCUCUGUCCUGUGAUAUAAACACGGUAACUAGCCAAUCUGCAGCGCGCGCGUUAAAACACAAAUAUUUUUUAAUGCAAAUAAAGCAGUUUUAAUUGAUCUCAAAA